UGAUACAACAAAACGGCAUGGAACCAGGAAGUGGAAAAGUAAAAUAAAACAAGAAUUGAUAAAUCCGUGAAACACACAUGAUUUUUUUCACUAAGGCUACAAAUAAACGAUGGAUGACGCUUAUGACGAAGAACGAUAUGAUUCUGUGUAUGCAAACGACCCUGUGAGCGAAUUUCUUAACGUUACAGAAAACCUAAAGCAAACAAACUUGGACCAGCUUCUCGAGGAAGAUAAACGGGUUAAUGCUAACAAAGAUGACCCAAUUUCAUGGUACCAUGGAAAGAUACCACGAGAAGCUGCAGAGAGCAUUCUAAAGGAGGGAUUGGCCAGCUUACAGGGGUCAACCACAGAUAGUAAUGGCCUGUACCUAAUACGUGACAGCACCAGCUCCGAAAAAGAUUUUGUUGUGUCUGUGACUCACGAUGCUAAAGUUUUCCAUUUCCAAAUCAAAGAGGUGUUUGAUGGGCAUUACAAGUUGGAUGAAGGCCCAACUACCCAAGGGUUGGAGAAACUUGUUGCCUACUAUGAGAAUGGAGCCAAUGGGCUGAUAACAAAACUUACCAGACAUUGUAAAGGCUCGCCACCCCCAGAUAGGGCCCGACUAAAUGGUCCCACCAAUUUACUGCACAGGGCAGUCAUGGAAGGAAAUGAAGAGACAGUUACCAGUAUAUUACAACAUAGACUUUGUCCCUCAAUAAAUGCCAAAAAUGAUUUAGGUACCACAGCUUUGCAUGAUGCUGCUAAGUAUGGCAGAGUUUCUAUCGCCAAGAAAUUAAUUGACAAAGGAGCUGAUGUUCACGCCAAAGAUAGGGCUGGUUUCACACCUUUACAUAGAGCUUGCUCAGCAAACUAUCCCGAUGUUGUUGCCGUGCUUAUAAAGCAUGGAAAAGCAGAUCCUCAAAUACGAUCUCCGAAAACUGGCUGGGUGGCUCUGCAUGAAGCAGCCAUGAAAGGCAAUGCCGAGUGCAUUAGAAAGCUUCUUCAGUUUCAUGCUCCCAUGAUGCCUCGGGCAGACGAUGGACAGACACCGCUGGACUUGGCACUGAGAUACAACCGACAGGACUGUAUUCCUCUCCUGAGGUUUCCUGAUAGAAGAGAAGUGAGGACGAAAAAGGAAUAUUGGUACCACUCGGAUCUGGACAGAAAGUUAGCCACACAAAUGUUGGAAGAAUAUCGUAAAGAAGAGGGAUUAUUUCUGGUGAGGAAGAGCACAAGGAAUGAAAACUACAAUGUCAUCUCACUCUGUCACAAAAAGAGCAUAUUUAAUUUUGAAAUUAAAGUGAAAGAUUAUGAGAACCAGUUGGUACACUACAUUGAUGAUGGUCCAUAUUUUGAGAGUCUGCAGCAGUUGAUUGAACACUAUAGUCGUUAUUGUGAUGGUCUCUCUACAAAACUCCGGGCUUCCAUUAGCACUGAUGAUCGUAGAAUAGAGGUAGACGAAGAAUAUUACAAUGUACAUGAUGUUAAUAAUGUUUCAAGAAGGAUUUCCUCACCAGGCACUGCUCCACCUGUUCCUAACCCCCGUCCAGUUCUCCCGGCCCACCCCAAUCACCCCAGUAAUAAACAACAGGAGGAGUACUAUGCAGACCCCUCCAAUGAACCACCCCCUCUCCCUCCCAGUCAUCCACCAGCUAAGCCAUCGACGGCCAGUAUAAAAGGGGGCAUGGGUGAAAGACAGAGUAGUCUAGAUGAAUUCAAAAAGAUUGAUAAAAAAGACAUUAAAGUUGGAAGUGAGCUUGGUCAGGGAGAGUUUGGAGCUGUUAAAAAAGGAAUCUAUACCCAGAGAAAGGCCAAAUUUAGGAGUAUGCAAAUUGAGGUAGCUUUAAAGACUUUCCACGAUGAGUCCAUGACAGGUGCUUUGGCGAGCAUUAUGGAGGAAGCAAGACUCAUGCAGAGGUUGGACCAUGAGUGUAUUGUCAAACUGUAUGGCAUUUGUGAAAAGCCCUUCAUGCUGGUGGAAGAAUACAUUUCCAAAGGUUCCCUACUAGAUUACCUGAUUGACCACAGGAAUCAGAUUGAGGCUAACCCCACCAUGUACCUAUGGGCUUCACAGGUUGCCAAUGGCAUGUGUUAUCUGGAAACAAUGAAGAUAGUCCACAGGGAUCUAGCUGCAAGAAACAUCCUUGUCCAAAAUUUGGAACAGGUGAAGAUCAGUGACUUUGGGUUGUCGAGGGCCUUUGCUGAGGAGAAGAACUACUAUCAGGCGUCUAAAGGAGGACGCUGGCCAAUCAAAUGGUAUGCACCAGAAUGUGUUAACUAUGGAAAAUUCAACCACAAAACAGAUGUCUGGAGUUUUGGUAUCACAUUGUGGGAAAUGUUUUCUUAUGGAGAUCAGCCCUAUGGAGACAAAAAAGGUGUAGAGGUUAUGCAGUUCAUCGAGUCAGGGGAGAGACUCAGCAAGCCUGAUGACUGUCCUGAAACUUGCUACAAGAAGAUGAGAGAAUGCUGGAACAAAGAUCCAGCUAAACGACCAGAUUUCAAGGAUUUAUAUAGACAUUUUCAGAUGGACCAGGAAUACGCGUGCGUGAGUGAGCUGAUGGCAAAGAGGAACAAGUCAAGGAAAAACUAGUUGUGUACAUGUGACCUUUGAACUUUUUUUUGUCAUCUUCACCAGUGAUUGGGUAAAUCAUGCUAUUUUUAGUCAGUUGAUCUGACUGCAUGACACUGAAAUUCAUAGCUUUACAGAAUUUUAUUUUUGAAUUCUUUGUACCAUUUAUAAACUUAAGAAAUGAAAUUUUUAGAUAUUCUUUUUUUUUGCUUAUAUUUGACUUCAGUAUGUCUUUUUCCCAAUCUUUAACUAAAGCAUAAAUCAUUUUUCACAGGAGCACUGAUAUUCUUGCCACUCAUGAGCAUGAAAAUUAUUGUAUUCAUUUGUUUAACAUAUAUAUACAAACAAUUGGGAAAGUAAUGGAAGAAAUAUUGCUUUGUUGUUUUAUAAUGGUAUCAUCUUCUGAAGUAAGUUCUUUAAAUACCAAUUUUUUUUUUAGUUGUAAAAAAAGUGCAAGAUUUUUUUUAGUACCAGCAUGAAAACUCAAAGCUUGAACCAGUUUUGACCAAUUCCAAAAUACAAAUGAGAAUUAUGCCUCAAUUGAUUUAUACACAUUUUAGUGUAUUGUUAAAACUAAUGAUCAUUGUUGAUUGUUAUUUUGAGGUGCAUUUAUUAUAUAAAAGUUUAUGGUAGCUUUAUUUUUCAUGUUCUCUCCAUUCCAUUUUGUGAACAUUCCAUGUCUUACAAUGACUUACAGAAUUAUGUCCCUUGUCAAGUAAUCCCAUACACUCUUUGAAAUAUGUAGUUGUCUGACAAAAUUUUAGAGAUUGCAGUUACUGUCAGCACAUGAAAAAUCUGUAAGUAAAAUUGAGAAUAUACCAUUUAUUUAUUCUUCUUUGCGGCAUGGUACAAAUUGGAAACUCUUGCGUAGGUUAUGAAAGUCAAGAAAAGUCUAUAUAAUUGUUAAAUCUUUUGUUUGCUGGAAAAUGUUUUGAGCAAUGGCUCUGAUAGAAAUCUGUUCCUUGCAUAAUAAAAUUCUGUUAUUUCAUAUAUUAUUUGUACCCUUUUCAGCACUUAUUAUUAUUUUUUUUACAUACCGUCAACUUUAAAAAAGAAAUAUGCAUAAUUGAAUGAGUUAUAUAGUAAAGUAAACUUAUAGGAGGAAAGAUGAGAAACAUUGAUAAAAAUUUUGUUUGAAAAAAUUGUCUCUUUUUAUAUUGUAUGUUGAAUCUAAUGUUGGGACAGUGUAAUGUACUAGGUACAAUGUUUAGAAUUGUUGUACUGUUGCGCUGGAGAGAGCGAAUCCUCCUACUUAUAGAAUGAUCCAAGUGCUGAUUUCAGUUAUAAAGGUGCUAUUAACAUGAUUUGCCGUCGAUUUCUUUUGCUCACCUUUAUGAUGUGUUCUAGGUUAUUCAAUCAUUUGUUGUCGCUGUUUUCCUAUGUGAUUUUGUCAAACAUAUAAACACAAAAAUUUUCUCUGGUGAAUUUUCCAUUCCAUGUUAUCUUUCCUAGAAAAAAAGACUGAUUUACGGUACUUAAUUGUUUCUAUGUUGUAAUUAUCUCAACCUCUGGAAAAUCAUGAAGGUCGGUGUCAUUCUAGGAAAAAAUAAUUACAGUAAGCAGGUUUCAGUUGUCUGUGUUUAGGAAGCAUUUUGUGUGACUGAUGGCCAUUUUCUGGACCUUACCUAUCAUAUGAUUUUUUAAUUGGAAUCAUGACACAGUUUUAGAGAGUAGUUUUAGUCAUUUAUACUUCUUGUGGGACCAGUGAUAAAACAUCUUUUUUUUCACAUACUGUAAACAUAUUACAUUUGGCUUUGUAUUCAUUUAAGCGCCUUUGGUAAAUCAAGUACAUUGCUAAAUAUCUUGUAUACAUGUAUUUAUGUGUCUAGCACAUUCACUAAUGGGCUAAAUCAAAUCUUUGCCAACUCAUUGAAAUAUCAAUUUACGCCAAAUAUUUUACAUGCUAAAUACAUGUAUAAUACAUUUACAGUAACUUACGGAUAUCUUGGGUAUGUAUUAAAUUUGAUUGAAUAGAGGGAUAAAAUCACAAACAUUAAAAAAAAAAUUGAAAUGCAUUUUACUUAUGCACUAACAUUUGAUGGUACAUAUUGUCUUGAUACAGUAAUUGUAUUUGUCCCUUCAAGACAUUCAAAAUUUGGACAAAUGAAUAUGUAGGUCGUACUAGAUUAGACAGUCAGGAAUUAGUGCUUAUGGUGGUUACAUGUAUUUUAUUUGUAGAGAUUUAUAUUUAAAUGGUGUGCAUGAAUAAGAACAAAGCAACUACAUCAAGGUUUUAAUAAGUGAAUUUUGCGGAAAGAAGUGAACAUACAGUAUUUCAAUCAAAUUUUCUAUUUCUCAUUUGUUGUCAUAUUCCAUUUAUUUUACAAAAGUAUGAUUGUAAAAGCACCAUGAUUCUGUAUUUUUUUUUUUUUAGCUCCAUUGAUAUAGAUAGAAAAUUAUAUAAUAUUAAAUACUAGCAUAUAUAUAUAUAUCUACACAUAUAUUUUUGUUAACAUUUUUAUUAUAAAAGAAUGUGUUUAUUUAACGUUAAAUAAAUCUCAUGUUUAUUAAUACACUAAAACUGUUGUCAGUCACUAGUCUUGUGCUACUGAAGGGGCACUUGUUAUGUUUCAAAACACAAGAUAGAAUUUUAUAUUUUGAUACAAUAUGGUUAUUUGAGAGUUUGUUUCCAUGUACUGCUUUGAAUGACUGUAUGUCAUCUCUUUGUACUUUUAAUAAAAGAUAAUUUUAAUAUAA